UUUUGAAGGGAUCGAUUCUCGAUUCAAGAGAAUCGAUUCUUUAGGUCCUUUCAACAGUUCAACUUCCAACCCUACAAGAGGUUGAGAAGUUUACAUUGCUCUGACGUGGAUCACGCCGCUCAAAUAUUGCCCUUUUUGACUUGAUAUCUCUUACUUUGAAACCCUUUCCUCGGUACUCGGCCGUACAACUUUUAAGCUUGGUGUUGACACUUUUUCAACAGUUCUAGUCACCAUGUUUCAAGAUGCGUUGGACGAACUUUGGCGUAUGAACAAGAGACAGUUUCUAUACCAAUGUCUGAGUUUUGGUAUGAUUGUCUCUUCGGCCCUGAUGAUAUGGAAAGGGUUGAUGGUAGUGACGGGCAGCGAAAGUCCAAUUGUCGUAGUUCUCAGUGGGAGUAUGGAACCUGCUUUUCACAGAGGUGAUCUUCUUUUCCUCACCAACUACCAAGACGAUCCUGUCAGGGUUGGCGAAAUUGUCGUUUUUAAAGUCGAGGGAAGAGAUAUACCUAUUGUACAUAGGGUGCUUAAACUACACGAAAAACAAAAUGGAACUGUAAAAUUCCUGACAAAGGGGGAUAACAACAGUGUUGAUGAUAGGGGAUUGUACGCACCAGGACAGUUCUGGCUAACUAAAAAAGAUGUUGUGGGGAGAGCAAGAGGUUUUUUGCCUUAUGUGGGAAUGGUCACAAUAUACAUGAAUGAAUUUCCAAAAAUAAAGUAUGCUGUCCUGGCUUGUCUGGGUAUUUAUGUACUAGUUCACAGGGAGUGAUGGAAUCUAGAUGAUCUGGGAGUUUGGAUAUCCAAUCAAUCGGACCCAGCAGCCUUUAAUUUACUUUUAAGUGGAAUAAUCAGCAGAGUACAAAAGUAUUAUCAGUUCACAGGAUUUAUUACAUAAAAUUUUUUAAAAACUUAAGUAUAAACGUUUUCAUUAUCCCCCUACUCAUUUUUUUUUAAACAAGUCAACUUAGCGGUGU